AUGUAUAACGGCUUUGUACAAGAAGAGCUCGUACAAUUGUCGCGAAAUCCGCAAAGUGUCUGCGAAAGUUAUUCACAGCCGUUCAUGGUGAAAACAUUAAAGGGGUACAGCGCGCCUGGAAAAGCAUUUAUUGCGGGCGGGUACCUUGUGCUAGAAGAACGGUUCAGUGCCUAUGUCACGGCAUUGUCGUCUCGAAUGCAUGCUGUGGUUGAAGCCAAGUAUACCGAGAACCAGCCAAAAACAAUCACCGUCAAAUCGCCUCAGUUUGCUUCCCUGGAGUGGAAUUACACCAUUGACGAGAACUUUGAGUGCCACGAGAAAGAGGGACUCAAAAAUCCUUUCAUAGAGGCAACUAUCUUCACAGCGGUAGCAUAUGGAAGUCUGAGUCUGUCCUACGAUAUUGUCAUAACGCUCUAUUCGGACCCAGGAUAUCACACUCAAGAUGACACUACAAAGAAGACGACUAGCGACGGAUCUCGAAAAUUUCUUUAUCACGAAAAACCUAUUAAUGAAGUCGAGAAAACAGGCUUGGGUUCGUCGGCAGGGUUGGUGACAGUCGUGACAGCUGCACUUCUCUGUUUUUUCAAGAAAGCCAACGUUGAUGAAAUACAAGAUCAGAUUCACAAUUGUGCUCAGAUCGCUCAUUGCCUUGCACAGAAAAAAAGUUGGAUCUGGUUUCGAUGUGGCUACUGCAGUCUACGGAUCAAUUAUCUACAACAGAUUUUCACCAAGAGUUGUGAAUAA